AUAUCUGAACAAACACAAACCCUUCCCAACGGCGCAGUCCAAAUCGCCCCUCGAACUGGUACCGCGUUCCGAGUCUCCAAAGGUCAGAGGUUCUCGGUCAUUGAUCCCAAAGGCGCCUCAGUCGGUGACCUUGUGGCCUUCAGUGCCAGCGACCCUCGCGAAGCUCUCAGCAACAGCCGCUCCUUCGACUAUGCCACCAAGAUCUUCUUCUCGGUUGGCGAUAAACUCUACAGCAGCCGAAGCAACGUCAUGCUCAGCAUCGUCAAAGACACAGUCGGCAAGCACGACUUUCUUUAUACGCCUUGCUCCAAGGAUACGUUCCAUCUGAUGUAUGAGAACGCUCCGGAAUUACCAGGUUGUCAGGGUAAUCCGGCAUAUGCCCUUGCCAAGUUCGGCAUUCAAGAAGAUAGCAUUCCCACUCCUUUUAACGUUUUUAUGAACGUUACUGUGGAUGGCAAUACUGGAGUAUUGGAGAUUAAGCCGCCUCUGAGCAAAGCUGGUGAUCAUAUCGACUUUAUCGCCGAGAUGGACUUGAUCAUCGGCCUCACAGCAUGGUCUGCACCAAAGACGAAUGACGGCAGUUUCAAGCCCAUUGAGUACAAAUUACAUUGA